ACCUUUCUAAUUGGGAUAAAACAUUUGAGAAAUUGACAGUUGAGAUGGCCAGGCAUUUAAAAGAAGUAUUUUCAGAGAUGACUUUAACACAGGAGCCUGGGCUACACAUUGUGCAGAGGAGUAGCCAGCAUAUACUUUGUUGAGGUUUGUGUAGGCUUCAGGUUGACUGGUCUUCAGGUCUACACCGGGCGGAAGUGCUGCGUGCCCGCUUCCGCCGCCCUCAGUCAAGGCCCGAGCUGCUCCUCGGCCUCCGACCCGCUUGUUUGUCAAUAAAACACGGGGAGAGGAGGCGGGUCUCCCGGUCCUGUACUCCGCCGCUGCGCCAUGAACGCGGGCGGGCAGAGCGGCAACUUCGGCCCGGUGCCGUUUUCACCAGGGGCCACAGUGUUAGUGGAGGUGAGUGCUGAUAUCCACAUCUGCGGCAUCUGCAAGCAACAGUACACCACGUUGGAUACCUUCGUGGCCCACAAACAACAUGGCUGCCACCUGGGUACGGCCGCAGGUCCUAGUUCGGUCCAGUUUGUGACAGAGGCAGCACCACCAGCUACUCAGACUCCAACGGCUAUAAGUACCAUCACUGCACAGACACAGACCAUCUCUGUUUCCAACAGUAUGUCGGAGUUUGGCUUUGAACAAGGAUACCAGACUUAUUUACCGAGCACCAGCGGUACGGGUCAAAUUGCCAAUUUAUCCCUUGGACUAACAAGAAUAACUGCAAAAAGAUCAAAAUCAAAUUCGACAUCACUGAAGAAGUUAACAUGCUGUUACUCAGGUUGUGCUUUUAAAACAUCUCAUGGAAAUAAAGAUUUAGAUCGUCAUUUAAGAACUCACACAGGUGAAAAACCAUUCAAAUGUGAUAUUUGCAGCAAGAGAUUCAGUCGUCUGGAUAAGCUGAAGAUGCACAAUCGUUCACACACUGGAGAGAAGCCACACAAGUGCAAGCACUGUAACUAUGCCGCUGCUGAUAGCAGCAGCCUGAAAAAGCACCUCAGGAUCCAUUCCGAUGAGCGUCCAUUCAAAUGCCAGAUAUGCCCAUAUGCCAGCCAUAGUUCCAGCCAGCUCAUUAUCCAUCUUCGUUCUCACACUGGUGAUGCUCCUUUCCAAUGCCAGUUGUGUGACGCCAAGUUUAAAAUCAACUCCGACCUAAAGAGGCACAUGCGCAUCCAUUCUGGUGAGAAGCCCUACCAGUGUGACUACUGUGACUACCGCUGUGCCAUGAAGGGUAACCUCCGGUCUCAUGUCCGUGUGAAGCACAGCAUGGAGAACACGUUCAAGUGCCCGCAGUGUAACUUCCAAUGUGGUAAUAAAUCCACACUGCGGCAGCACAUAAGGUCUCACCAGCCGGAUAAGCCGAUAAAAUGCUUGCAUUGCAGCUACUCCUGCUCCAGUAAAGGAUCGCUGAAGGUACAUGAAAGAAUUCAUUCCGAAGAUCGACCUUUCCGGUGCAAAUUUUGCUGUUUUGAUUCAAAGCAACGGAGCAACUUGCUCAUGCACGUAAAGAAACAUCAUGUAGGCAAGGACAAGAUGGGUUCAGGGAAGAAAGAUAUUGAUGGGCAAAAGCAAAACAGUUCAAGGUUGGUGGUCAAACUAGACGCCAGAAAGCCUUUCAGGUGUGACCUGUGUGAGGCAAGUUUUGUCCGAGAAGAUUCGCUACGCAGCCAUAAGAACCAGCAUCGUGAUUUGUCCCACAGCACUGAAAGCGGUGAACUCGGAGUUCUACAACUGCAGAUGCAUCACGAAAGCCAAAGCAAUUCUUCAAUGCCUAGCGACCUUCAGUCAAGAUCAGUCGCAUCCUUUGGCAAAGCAGGGGUGAAUAUUACAGUUAGCCACCAACUAAAUGCGACCAACUCCAUUGUUCAAGCAGCAGUAAAUGAACAUCACACAGUAAGAGACUCCCUGGUGUCUGAACCAAACCCGGUCAGGGAUGACGUGGCCUCCAGCAACCAGCUGCAACUGUUACAACAGGUCAACUUGAUUGCCCCAACCCAACAGGCAAUAUCCCAGAAUGAAGUUGAAGCUAACUCGUCUUUGGAGCAGGAAGGCCCUUUGCUCGGCCCCAUGGGCUCCAGUGCUACAGACACCCUCCAUCAGGCUCUAAUGCAGACCACCACAGUUGCUGGUCAGGGAACUUCAAGCAGCCAGUCGUUUAUCACUGGUUCUACCAUCAACUGCUCAGAUCUGGAUGGCCUCAAUGCCCUCAUUCAAGAGGAAAGCAGAGAGGUCACUGUAGUUAGCGAUUGUACCCAGACUGUUGCAAUCGUCCCAUCAUCCUCAACGUCACCCAUCUUCUCUUCCUCAUCGCCUCAGAUGCAAGGAUCUAAGCAAACCUACUCUAUUGUUCCAGCGGCGGGUCCAUCCAGUGUUACUUGCUCGGUGUUACAAAUCCCAUCUCACAACUCUUCAGCCACCGGAUUUCCCUCCCAAUCCGAGGAAACGAACAGUCUUUUGGUAUCCAGCAUUGGCAUCAGCACUUCGGGAGUGAUUAUACAGAGUCUGCCAAUGGUUUCCACGGCACAACAACAGCCAUCUGACGAUCAGCUCUCCCAAAGGGCUUUCUAUUCUGAAUCCAGAGCUCCCUCAGCCUUAGUCCUCCAGGACACAUCACAGCUCUCUGAUAGACAAUCAAUGCACCUCACCUCUGGAGCAAAUAGCACUCAACCUACCUGUUCUGUAAAUGAAAGUCAAGGAUGGACAAUGUAGUCAAGGUGGACUAUGUUGGAACCCCUGUGUAAAAAUGUGUUCUUUAUCAAUGAGUUCCGAGUGGAAUCUAAAAAUCAAAACAUAGAUCAACUAUCAUUGACUAAAAUGCAGCGAUGAAGUAGAAUACAGUGUGUUCUAUAGGCAACUCGUCUGACAAGUCUGCUUGCUUUGUGGAUUUAAGGUGGGACCACUGCUGGGAUACAUUAUUUCAGUUAAUGUCACCUUGAACUUGCCUUGGAGCCUCUUUUGAACUUAGCAGAGAUCAGAUACAAAUCUUCUACUUAAUUGAUAUUUCAAAACAUUAACUACUUUGUUCUUGGGUGAGUCCUAUACGUAGUAUCUCAUUGCAAAGGAACACUCCAGACUUGGGGGAUAUGCAAAAUCGACGUUGAAUCUCAUUAUGUUCCUUUGAACAAAGAGUUUACUGUUAAACCAUAUUGAUUGAGAAAGGGAGGAUGCUAAGUAGGAUUGGGGAGAAGCAGUAUGGGUUUGGGAGCCUUUCCAGCUUUGAUCCCUGUGGAGUUAGUUAAUGUAAAAUAAAUCAACAUUCGAAGUGCUGCUACAAUUGACAUCCAACAAUUAAAUCAUUAUCUUCUGUA